AAAUAGUUAUCUAUUAUAUGAAGAUUGGUGGUUGAAGAUGGCGGUUGAAGGUUGAAGUUUUUAGAUUUUGGUUUUGUUUUCAUUGAAUAAUGUUUUUCAUUUCAUGAGAACUUGGUUUUCGUUUUAUGCUUUCAUUUAUUUGAUUUUCUUUUGAUCAAUAACUAUGUUUACCUUUCACUUGAUUUUGAAUGAUCACAUUUGAUGUUCCUUUUUUUUGAACCGAUUUUAUUUAUAUUUUGAUUACAAAAUAGGUACAAAUCAAGUAUUUUAAAACCGAAGAACUGAUUAUACUUACUUUUUGAUUACAAAGUAGAUAUAAAUCAGGUAAAUUUAAACCGAAGAACCGAUUGAGACCCGAACCCGAAAGUACAUCGAGUUGUACCGGUUCUUUGAAGAUUUACUAACCCCAACCCGAACUCGAUAGAACCCGAACCGGUCUUGAACCGAAUUUUCAUGUAACCCGAAUGGGGCUGAUUUUGAUAAACCCGAUUGGACUAAACCGAAACCCGAUUGGGAUCCCGAAUACCCAUGCCUAAUCCAUCUAUUUAAGCAGUCUCUACGUGAAAUGAAUGUUAUAGUUGCAACGGUCAUUGACUCAUUGCUAUUAUGCAAGGCCCGAGUCUAUGGAUCUGGGUCCUAGAACUAGAAGAUCUGCUUUCUACUUUUUGGUUCUGUUCUUCCUUGAAACGUUCAACGGUCAAAUUUUUCCACUUGCUAAGAGCCUAAGACCAAAACAGCUUGCAAAUUAAGACCUAAUAAACUUCUGCUCAUUCUAUUCACUCGUAAAACUUUGACCCACCACUUGCAAAAAAAUAGUAUAAAUAUGAUUUUCAUUAUUUUAUAAAACCCUCAGAAAACUAUAAUCUCCCAAAUCAAUCUUGGUUUUGUUGAGAUUGCUUCACAUAAGAUGGGUUUUACAUGGGGAAUGAGACUACGUGGAGCUAGCAAGAAGAAGAUAGCUCCGGUAAUGAGUUGGUCGGAAUCGACAUCGGAGCCGGAUAUAACGAUUCCGCCGGAGUUUCAAUGCCCGAUCUCAAUCGAUCUCAUGAAAGAUCCGGUGAUAAUCUCCACAGGCAUUACCUACGACCGCACAAGCAUCGAAAAAUGGAUCGAUUCAGGGAACAACACGUGUCCUGUCACGAACACAGUCUUGACCACUUUCGAUCAGAUCCCGAACCACACGAUUCGCAAGAUGAUCCAAGGAUGGUGCGUGGAGAUAGGAUCGUCGUUGAUUGAGCGGAUCCCAACGCCACGUGUCCCUUUGAUGCCGUGUGAGGUCUACGAGAUCUGUAGAAAGUUAUCCUCUGCUACGCGGCGUGGGGAUUACGAGAAAUGCGAGGAGAUUAUUUGGAGGAUUAAGAAGUUGGAAAAAGAAAGCGAGAAAAAUAGAAAUUGUAUUAUUGAAAACGGCGUCGCAUUGGUUUUGUGUGAUUGUUUCGAGAAGUUCUCGGCAGACGAGAAAUCAACGUCCAUCUUGGGAAAGAUUUUAUCUCUGCUGACGUGGAUGGUUCCUAUUGGGUGGGAGGGUUUAACGACACUGGCGUCUGCGUCGUCGUUUCGUUGCAUCGCGGGUUUCUUGAGGAGCAAGGACGAUACCGUUCGUGAAAACGCUGCGUUUUUGUUGAAGGAGAUCCUAUCGUUGGAAGAAACGCAAGUUCACGCGUUUGCGGAGGAGAACGGAGUCGCGGCAGCGUUUCUUAAACUUAUUCGCGAUUCCGUUUCGUCUAGCUCAACGAGAUCUUCCUUGACAGCGGUUUCUCAAAUGGUCUUGGCAAAGCCCGAGAUCGCGUCUGAGUUUCUCGAAAUCGGUCUUGUGAAUCAAACGGUGGAGAUGAUCAUUGAUGGUGAGAAUAGCGUUUGCGAGAAAGCGUUGGCGGUUCUAGACGCGGUUUGCGAAACCAGCGAAGGGAUAGAGGAAGUGAGGAAAAACGCGUUGGUGAUGCCGCUUUUGGUGAAGAAGAUUCUUAAGGUCUCUGAACAAGGGACGUGGAGCUCAGUGUCUGCGAUUUUGAAGCUGUGUAAAGCAGGGAACGCGUCCACGGUUGAAGAAGCGGUGCGUUUGGGAGCGUUUCAGAAGAUGUUUUUGGUGUUACAGGUUCGGUAUGGAGAAGAGACCAAGGAGAAAGCGACGGAGUUGUUGAAGAUGAUGAACACACAGAUGAAACUGAUGAGCGAUGAUGUUGAUUCUUCAAUGGAGUUUAAGUAUCUCAAGAAGCCAUUUUGAAGUAGAUAAAUUGUAUAAAGACAACCACAUUCUUUGCAAAUCACAGAUAUGAUCAUUAUGAAAAUGAA